GGAAAUACUGAGCUUGUUUUUCUACACCAUUUGAGAUAUACCUCCAUGGAUAUGCUAAGUCUCAGUUCAUAAGUCCGAGGACAUGGGCUUGAAAACGUAUCACACAGUACAAACUUCUCUGGGUGUUUGGUUGAAAAACACUCUAUUAUCCCAUCAGAUAAUUUUCUUGUUGUUAAUGGGGAUUCUUGUGGGCUUAGCAUGUUGGUUACUAAUUUGGACGGUUCAAUUUUCUGAAUUUGAAACAGUCACAAAGUCCUACUACUUUUCUUCUGGGAAGCUUAUACUGCUUAUUUCAUCCAUACUCGGGGCUGCGGUGGCUGUUUUUGGUUACUGUAUUUUCAAUGUAGAUAGUCCUACUUUGUUACUAACUCAUAUAAUUUGCGAAUUCAUCCUCAUUUCAGCGUUUUUGUCGAUAACUGUUUGUGGAUCUUUGUUAUUAUUAGAGUUGGAUAAUGAAAUGCCACAUAAAUUUACAUCGGCGAUAGCAAAAUAUUACGGCAUAAAUAUGUCAUUUCGCCGAAACAGGGAUAUAACUGCCGCAUUAAAUGAAAUCCAGUUCAAAUUUAAGUGUUGUGGUGCGAAUGGUGAAAAAUCAAGUAAUUAUUCAUGGUUUAUUUAUAAAGGAACAAGCACGUGGUUUUACGUAACGCAACAGUUAGGUAAAAAAUCAAUGGUUCAGUACGUUCCGGAAAGUUGUUGUGUGUUAAAAAGUCAAAACCUUCAAUUCAAUUCUUUCUCAGAACUACAGUCACAAAGUGAUGUUUUCCUGGACAGAGAAAUAUGUGUUGGCUACAAGCCACUCGCAACAAGAGAUGACAUUGCACCUCGUAUUGAUAAUCCAGCUUAUACCACUCGGAGCAACACAUAUCUUUAUGAAAAGGGAUGUAUAACAGUAGUUAGACAAGAAUAUCAAAGAUGUGCCAUCAUGUUGGUUGCUUCAGGAACAACUGCUCUCAUAAUGUCAACGAUCGGGUUUAUUCUUUCACUGGUUCUACUAUUCCACAUUGAAUAUCAACAAUUUAUUAGAAUUUCAACAGAACAGGAUAUUAAUUCUGGUAAAACUAAUAUACAGUCAUCUUUACGAGACAACAUUAGCACUAUAUUCAAACAGUCAUCAGAGAAUGAAAUAUUAGUUAAAGCGUGAAACAUACUUAUCAAGUCAUAUUACUUUGUAUUUUUAUAUAUUUAUACAUAUACAAGUAUAUAUCUUUUCA